CCGGAAGAGGAAGUCGUUGCUGCAGCCGCCCCGCAGCAAUGCAGCGAGAGGAGAAGCAGCUUGAGGCAUCAUUAGAUGCACUGCUGAGUCAAGUGGCUGAUCUGAAGAACUCACUGGGAAGUUUCAUUUAUAAGCUGGAAAACGAGUAUGACCGGCUAACCUGGCCCUCUGUCCUGGACAGCUUUGCAUUGCUAUCUGGACAGUUGAACACUCUGAACAAGGUUUUGAAGCAUGAGAAGACCCCACUGUUCCGUAACCAGGUCAUUAUUCCUCUGGUGUUGUCCCCAGAUCGAGAUGAAGAUCUCAUGCGGCAGACUGAAGGACGGGUACCUGUUUUCAGCCAUGAGGUGGUCCCUGACCAUCUGAGAACCAAGCCUGAUCCUGAGGUUGAAGAGCAGGAGAAACAACUGACAACAGACGCUGCCCGCAUUGGUGCUGAUGCAGCUCAGAAGCAGAUCCAGAGCUUGAAUAAAAUGUGCUCAAACCUUCUGGAGAAAAUCAGCAAAGAGGAGCGAGAAUCAGAGAGUGGAGGUCUCCGACCAAACAAGCAGACCUUUAACCCUGCAGACACCAAUGCCUUGGUGGCAGCUGUUGCCUUUGGGAAGGGUCUGUCUAAUUGGAGACCUUCAGGCAGCAGUGGUCCUGGCCAACCAGGCCAGCCAGGAGCUGGGACAAUCCUUGCAGGAACCUCAGGAUUACAGCAAGUACAAAUGGCAGGAGCUCCAAGCCAGCAGCAGCCAAUGCUCAGUGGAGUGCAAAUGGCUCAAGCAGGUCAACCUGGGAAAAUGCCAAGUGGAAUAAAAACCAACAUCAAAUCAGCUUCAAUGCAUCCCUACCAGCGGUGAGUGUGAACAGCAGCCUCUAGUACCAGGUGAUCUUGCACAGUUGUACAGUCAUAUUACCUUUGCUCAAGGCUCACCUAGAUGGGUGCAAUAAACAGAACAUGGGCUUUCAGCAACAGACAGAGCCCAGCUCCACUGGUGACUACUAGCUAUAUGACUUUGGGCAACAGACCUAAGUUUUCUGAACCUGUUUUCUCAUUUGUAAAUGGUGAUGAUACCUACCUCAUAGGGUUGUUAUGAGGAUUAAAAUGAGAAAAUGACUGUAAAACAUUUAGCACAGUAUAUGAAGUAAUGGGUGCUCAAUAAAUGGUUGUUUUCAUAGCCACUUCUUCACUCUGCCCUCCACAGUUCUUGAUCCAGAACCCACCUGAUGUGCUGCUAUUCCAUUGUCAAUGGUGAGCUGAUGAACCCAGAAUCAAAUAAGCCUGUGCUUAUUUUGUGCUACUAGAAACAGUAACAGCCUGGAUGUCCUUUGAGGCAUAUUGGCUCUCAGGUGUCUCCACUCAGGUUCCACCCUGCUGUCCCUCUAAGGUUCAGAUGAAGAGACUUCUGGGUGGGGACAAACCUUCUACCUACAGCUGUAAUGAAACUUAGGCCUGUCCAUCUCUGAAGGCAAGUUAAAUUCUUAUAUGGGAAAUACAUAAAAAUCCUCAUCUUUUAUCCCAUCUUGUACACAUGAAGGAGGAUAUCAAGGGGCCAGGCAAGACUGUGUGAGAAAGGGUUUCUCUGUAGCACAUGUAAAUCCCCUUCUUCCUCUUAUUUUGGAGGAAGAGGUGAUUGCCCUUCACACUGUCUUCAGGGUUUAGUUUGUAUAUAAUUGUGCCUUGAUCCUGCACGCUGGUCAGGAUGGUUUUCCUCCAUUAAAUUAACUCUAUGGUUUAGGUAAGAGCCAGAUCAAUAGUGGGAGCGGGCAGCCCGAUAGCAUUGCCUACUUUAUAGAGUUGAAGAGCAGAGUGUGUUUGGACAACCAGCCUGUGCUGCCUUUCUCAGUACUCCUUUGUGAGCAAGCACAGAGAUUGAAUCAGCUGAAGUGGACCAAAGGAUUUCUCUAUGAAAUAAAGGUAUUUAAAUUGAUAUUAACUAGCUCAGCAAUUUAUGAGAGCCAAUAUAGGGAUCAGAGACAAUUCCAUUAGUGAGUGCUACAAGGCAAUUCAAAUUUUUUUUCUCUAUAAAACAUUAAUCUUUAAUUAGCUUUGCACUAGAAACCCUGAGACUUUCUUACUUCUCAUCCUUCCAGCUGCCUUUCCUGUUCUGUCACACUGGUACUUUGGCCUUUGAUUGGUACCAAACAGCACUCUGCCAGGCUGUGGCAGCAGAGGCCAGGACAAGUGGUCCUAGUUGUCACCUGUUGCUGUCCCAACAAGAUGCGGAAUGAUGUCCAUAAAGCUUAGUGACCACAAUACACUGCAGUAGGGGAGUCCUGUCAUCAGCUCUGAGGCAACACCAGACCUUUCCCCCAUUUGAAUAGUCUGGCCCAUUAACCCAGUCAUGUGUUGUUUAUCUUCUCACCUUUUCCCUUCCCACUGGAAACAUCAGAGCUAACUAGGAUAUUGGACAGAGCUCCAGCCAUACUUCUAUAAAACCCUUGGAGCAACUU